CGCCAAGUGUUGGCAUUCGUAAGACUAAAGUUCCACGAGCUGGUUGCGUGUGUUUCGAAAGGCACUUUUUUGCUAAUUAAAUAACCUCUAUAAACUUUACCGGUUGUAAUAAAUCAACGAAAAUGGUGUACACAGUGAAAGACAAGGCCGAUUUGGACGCUCAGCUGGCCAGCGCUGGAGACAAGCUAGUGGUUGUGGAUUUCUUUGCCACCUGGUGUGGACCUUGCAAAAUGAUUGCGCCCAAGCUGGAGGAGAUUGCGCAAAAAUUGGCAGAGAAAAUUGUUGUGCUGAAGGUCGAUGUGGAUGAGUGCGAAGAAAUCGCCAUGGAGUUCAAUGUAUCCAGCAUGCCCACUUUUGUGUUCCUGAAGAACAGCAAAAAGAUUGAGGAGUUUGCCGGCGCCAAUGCCCAACGAUUAAUCGACACCAUUGAAAAGCUUUCGGCCUAAAAAGUGUUUUUUGGAAUGCUUUAGUCUCAAUGUCCGCUAAAUUAUUGUCUGACGGAUGAUUUUCCAACACCACACAAAAGACAAUUAAUUUAAUGAUUUUUCUUAUCAUUUUCUUCAUAAUAAUUAGCUAAUUAUUCCAUAGGAUCCAAAGUUCUUCUCUCGAUGUUUCGCACAUUUGGUUAUCAUUUCAUAAAUCAAUAUAUUUAUAUAUAUAUAUAUUUUCUUGUAACGAUAUACUUAAUUGGUGUGUUCAACACUGCAGUGCAGCGAAAGUAAAAAGCAAAUCAAAAACGGAUAAAUAAAAUUCUGAAGUUAAUGGGAUAACAAAGUGGCUUUUAGAAACGUAACUAAAGUAAAACAUUUGCUUUAUUAGCCAGUUAAUAAGUUUUUUGUAUUGGAAUUUUUACAUAGAACACAUUGUACACAAUCGUUUUGAAAUAGAUGAAAUGGAAAAUAAAUAAAACAUACAUAUAUGUGAAACAA